GAACGCUUUGAAAACAAUGAACAAACCAAAACAAACAUGCAUUUUCUGAAAUUGCCAGUCCUGGUAUAACAUUCAAAACUUCUCAGUUGAACAGGGUACUCACCAUGGAAGAUUUGGUAUCUAUCAGGGUAACCAGACCAGUUUUCUGCCAGUUUCAGACAAUUUUGAUAGAAGCACAAUUCACAUCAGAUGGUUUAAUGAAACAUUUCUUUCACUUGUAUUAUAGAAGUUUGAACCAGGUGUCAAGGGAAGACCCUGCAGACCAUCAGAUUACAUUGAAGCAGUCAGGGGGAGAUAAUUUCAGUAGAUUGGUUGUAAACAUCCCAAAAGCUGUGUUACAUAGAGAUAUAUCUGUCAAUGUAACGCUUCCAGACAGUGAUUGCUGUGAAACCACUGACCAUGACAAUAAUUUUGAUGACAGUCCUACUGCUGGAUGUAUUGUGUCAGAUACAGUAAAUGCUGAAAAUGGACAUACUGACAAGAUCAACCCAAAUUACAAAGAUUCAACACAGCACCAGACUUUGGUUUGUAAUGUCUGUCAGUUUAAAACAAAAGGUAUCAAGAAAUUUAAAAAUCAUACAAGAAAACAUUCAGAAAAACAGAUCAGUUGUCCAUGUUGUGGGGAGACAUUUUUGGACGAUUCAAAUCUGAAACUCCACAUUCAAAAUAAACAUGCGACAACUUAUGGAAACAGAAAAAGUAAUGACAGUAAUUUAAUUUAUGGAGAAGAAGAAAUGCAGGACAAAAAUAAAGAACAUCUCCCAUUUCAAAGAGAAAAUAAGUCAGUAGAUGGCAGCAACUAUUUUAACUUUGAAACAACCUUGAACAAGCAUGGAGAUAAUAGAACAAAUUGUGGCAUGGAGGAAAACUUGAAACAAAUGAUGCUAAUCCAGGGAGAAAAUCGAAUCAACAGACUUCAAGACCUAGAAUCAUCUAUAAGUAGUUUUACUUUACAAGAUGACACAGAGAAAGGACAUACAGACAUAAAACAAUUAUAUUCAAAGGUCAAGAUAAAAAGAAAAGGAUUCUUCUGCAAUCUCUGUUGUAAAACAUUUCCAAGAUUUGGAAUAUUUUUGGAACAUAGAAACUUCUGUAAGCAAAGGUGUUUAAUUUUAUGUUGUAAUUGCCAGAUGAAAUUUAGAUGGAAAAGUAAAUACCUGCACCACAGAAUAAAAUGUAAAUUAUCAAUGGAUGUUCAGAUUGGUCAAGGAAUGAACAAAUUUUGUCUCAGAACUAUGAAUGGUUUUCAUCAGCUGGACAAAGUAGAAAGUGUAAAGGAUAGUAAAGAUACACCAAGGUCGUCAGGUUUGGUUUCUAAUGCUGGUUUACAUGAAGAUUUGACCUUUAACAGUACAUCUAUAGAAGGUCAGGGUCACACAUUACACAUCACAGACAAAACUACUGAAAUGAACACAGAGAAUGGAAUCUACACAACUACAUCAGAUGUUAAUUACCUAUCCUCUAACCACGAAACACAAACCAGUCAAACAGUUAUGAAUUUAGACAGGCAGAUACCAUAUCAGGAAAUUUCAGAACCAUCAGAAAAAGAGAAUGGUGAAAUAAGUACUUCAGAUGUGAAUAAAUACACUGCAGUGAUUGAAAACAGUAAAGAAAGAUCUGCUAGUUACAAUGUUGAAAACACAGCAUUGAAUACUCAAACAGAAAAGAAGGAUUUAAAUGUGCCAAAAAAUCAUGUAAAUGCAGAGAAAAUUAUCGAUACUUCUGUAACGAAAAACUGUAUCGAUCUAUCAUGUGUGAAACAAGAGCCAAUAGAGUCUAUGGAACAUCCAACACUAGAUGGAAAGGAAUCGUUAGUUUUGGAAUCAAGCCAAAAUUCUACAUUGACAUUACCUGCACAACCAGGACAUCUUGAGAAAUCAGUGAUCAGCAUCCAAAGUCUUACGAACUCUUUGACACAUGGUAAAGAUUUCUUCAACAGUUUCCUUGAGGAUGGUGAAACUACUGUCAAGUGUGAAGAAUGUGGAGAAAUCUUUAAAAGGAAGGCUUAUCUAAAAGAGCAUGUGGAAGGAAAACAUGGAGGUGAUAUGCGAUACUCUUGUGACUGUGGAAAGAAAUUUAAAUGGAGGAGUUCCCUUGGUAACCACAGGAAACAUUGUUAUGAAGCCUUGUUGUCUGUACUGCCAAAUGAAGGUCAAGUUCAAGGUCAAAACGUGUCUGUCAUAGACUUUAGUCAGUGUGGUAUUCCUCACUUCAACAUGCAAAAUGAGUGGUUACAAGAAAUAGAAAAACUAAGUCAAUCAGAUAUAUUUUCUCGAAAACCAGUGACUGAAUUUGGACUAGGAUGUAGGCAGCGGAGUUUAUCAACUCCAGAGAAAACACCUUCAGAAAUUCAGAGUGAAUACAUACAACGUAGGAAAUCUGAAAGUGCUUGUAAAACAGAUGGGGCAGUUGAACAAAGUUCAUCUUUGCGUAUCAGUACCUCAUUAGUAAAGCCACUGGCUGAUGCCCUGUCUAAGUACAAACUGAAACCAGCAGUGCUGCCCUCUGGUGGUAACAAUAAAGAAAUGAUUACAUCAGCAUUUGUUAAGCAGCAAAAUGGAGCAGCAUUAAAUAAAAAUUCAGAAAGCAGCAUCCAUUCUAAUGGAGUCAUAGAUUUAACUUUUGAUCACAACAGUAGCAGAAAAAUAAGUUCAGAUAUAGUAUCAAAUGAGAACAUCAUAAGCAGUAGUAAAGGCUUCGGAGGUAUUCCUGCAGUAAACAGCAGAAUGAAUUUACAAACAAAAAGCUCUGAUUCAGUCCAGCAGAAUUACCUGCAACAAAGACGGAAAAGUCUGCAUAAUCAACAAACGGACAGUUUAACAUGCAAUUUUUGCAAAGAGAAUUUCGAAAGUACAAGUGAGUUAGAAAGACACAAAUUGUUUUGCAAACACUUACAAGAUACAUGUAGUGUAUGUGGUAAAACGUUUCAACACCGAACUGAAUUAGUGAAUCAUCUCCUAACUUAUCAUGGAAAUGAUGAAAUUUACACCUGCUUUUGUAGAUAUCGUUCCUCUAGUUGGAAUUUGUUUGAAAAACAUUGUGGAAAAUGUGAAGAAUUUAAAAAUCAAAGUGCUAGCUUGUUGUCAGCAGACAAAAAUACAAGACUUGGAAGGGACACAAGUUUGUUAACACAUCAACUUGUUAAAAAUUAUUCUGAAAAUAAAGACAGGCCAAGUUUAGAUGUUCAACCAUUUUCCAAUCAAAAUCUACCAGUGAAUGAAGGGCAGGUAAUUGACACAUUUAACCCAAUCAGUAACAGUUCAAUUUGUCAGCAGAAAUCACCAUCUGGAACAGGAUCAUCCAAGAACCAGUAUUUCAACCUUUCACAAAGUCAUCAUAUGAUAAACAAGAAAAUGUCAUCCAAUCAUUCUACUGGACAGGAAAAGACAUCUCAAGGUCAUGAAUCAUCAAAAUUAGAUGAACAAUCAUCAGACCAACUUUUAAAUACAUCGUUGGGAAAUCUUCCAAAAGGUCAGCCAAGAUCUAAUUCUAAUACAUGGACAACAAAUAAAGCAUAUCUUUCGACGGCAAAUCAGCAAAUAUCAGUUUCCAACUCAGAAGCUUUUCUGCAUUCUCAGUUUGAAGAGGUACUAGAACAUCAGUAUGAAUCAAGGUCAAGUACACAAUCAUCAUCUAAAAAACAAAAGAUAGCCCAGAACCCAUCUCAAAAUAACCAGGAUGAGAAGCUACAGAGUCACAUGACAAAGAUGUUACCUACCAUAUCUAGUUUUGUAACUUCAAGUGAAAAGCAAAAGGUACAAAUUAUUCCAAGCCGUAUGGUGUCACAAAGUGAUGUUAACCAUUCUACUAAAACAAACAGCAAUGAACAAACAAGACUCAGCAAAAGAGAUGUGUAUGUGUGUACUUUCUGUGGUAAUAUCUACAACAAUAUCCAAAAAUUUUCUGAACACAAUAAAAUUCACCAUGGAAACCAGUGGAUUUUACAGGAAAACCAAAAUAAACAAUCAAAAACUGUCUGGAUUCCACCAGAAGAUAAAACCAAUCAGUCAAAAACUGCUGUAGACGUUGCCAUGGAUAAAGCAAGGCAACUUCCAAUCAAAAUGGGAGAAUUUGUCUGCCAUCUUUGUGGGGAUAAAUUCGCAGCAAAAGCUUACUUGAAGGAACAUAUAGGUGGAAAACAUGGAACAGUUGAUCGAUACAAAUGUCCUUGUGGAUUAAGAUUUAAAUGGAGGAGCUCAUUAGGCAUCCACCAAAAGAAAUGCCCGAAGUCCAACCGGAGAACAUACAAUCGAUGGAAUAGUAACUAAUGUAGAUAUUAGUAACAGUUGUCUAACUUGACUAAGUGCCAUGUUUGUUCUUUUAAAUUUAUUUACAUAUCUUUUCAUAUUUGUAUUUCAAUCUUACUUUUAAAUGUUAAUGAUAAAUAAAAGCCAUCAAUUUACGCAAAAGUAUUUUAAAAUGAAAUUGGUCAAAUGGCCUACUUGUUUUUCAACCCUGAAAAGACAUUACCUUAAUUUGGUCAGACAGAACCAAUUUUCAGGUACUAAUGUUGACUAAGACAAAGGACUGUUUGAAGUUGCUUUUUCAUCAAAUGACAAUUUAUUUGCUAAUUUCAUAUUUAAAAACAUAUUAUAUAAUUCAGUUUGGUUAAAGUUUUCAUUGUCAACGUGCAUACAUAUGUUAAUUAUCUAUGGUAUUGACGUUAUGAGGUAAAAUAUAUAGUGUACUUUGAAAUUAUUUAAUUUUGUGGUAUUUAAUUCUGUAAAAAUUAUUUGCAUUUUAUGUGAUUUUCAGGGCAAUUAUAAACCCUUUAUUAACCUCCUUCUUUUUUCAGUGUAUUCUUUUGAUUGAAUAUUAAAAGUUUUAAAAUUGUCAUUUUCAGGUUAUUUGAAAACUCAAAUUUUUAAACAGAAUUUUUAUUUCAUCUAUUUCAAUUUGUUUUUUUUUCGAUUUCACAAUGUAUUUUGAUGACUAUCAGCAAAAUUGAUUAAAAGACAAAAUAA